UCUGCCGACAAAACCAGUACCAGCACCAUGUAAUGUCUUAACUCCUAGUGAGCGUACCAUGUAGAAUAUGUGACAGUGGGCCUGCUUCCUGGGCAGCAGACGCUCUCACUAAUCCCACAUUCGGCUAACUUUUCAUGGGAUAAACUCAGAAAUAAGAAAUUCCCACAUUGUGAAAGAUGGGACUGUAAAAGCAGUCUGAGCAUGAGCAUGAGCAUGAGCAUGAACCCAGUCUAGGAGAGUAGAGGGAUCAGGGCCCGGGCACAGGGAUAUUUACAAUUGUUGUCUGUUGGUCGUCUGUUCUUUUCUGCUUGUCCUAAGCUCAGGCCUAAUAUUCAUUGCUCACCAAAUCAUGGUGCUCUGCCUAUAAAAUAUAUAAUUAAGGCAGAGUUAAUAGUAUUUAGUUUAUGUAGCAGAGUUGUGUGAUGUGGGCACAUGAUGGAGGAUGUGGUUAUGAUUUUCUUGGGUCCCACACACAGAUUUUGGUACUUUGCGCACUACCUCCUUCGACUGCUCUUGCUUGCUCACAUAUUUAAGCAGAUUCCUUCCUUUAAUGUUAUUCUGAUCUGUCAUUAGGAUUACAUAAAAUGGGGGCACGUAGUUUAUGGACUUGGGGGAAUGUUGAUUUGUAUAAAAUACAUGGUCAUUUGACUCAUCCAGCUAAUAAGCUUCUCUUCUCUCUGGGGUAAAGCAUAACGACCACCUGCUCAGCAUCUUCAUUAUUGUUUGUUGAUGGAAGAUCCACGUGUUUUCAGGAGCAUAGCCUAACUGGGAGUCUCAGAGACAUCCCUUUCUCCUCUUGGGGCUACCUAUUUUCUAUGGUGAUUCUGAAUACUGAUAAUUUUAUUCAGCGUUGGAAAGUGAACCCCUGCACAUGGCCCAUGCUACAUUUUAGGCGGUUACUACUUAUUUGACCAAUGCCUUGUAGUUGGGCGGGAGUGAAGGCUAAUAUCAAGAACCCCAUUAUGAUUUGACCCUAACUGAAAGUCUUUUACAGAGUGAGUAUCUCACAAUGUUUACAUUUUGGCGGUUGAUUAUUGUCUAGUGAGUGGGCUUUGAUGGCUGUGGAUUCAGAAAAAUUGAUGGGUGUGGGAAAUAGUUGGAUGGGGAAUAAGAGUAGUUUGGUGUCUGUAAUGAUGGCGGUUUUCUUUUUGGUGGCAGAAGUUCCUCAAAAGAAGGAAAAGGAGGCCUCUUCAGCUUCAUCCUCUUGGGCAUUGUUCAGGAGAAUAGUGAGCAGCUGUAAGUUUGAUGGUGGGGAAGUGAAAGAGGCGAGGGUAGGGUGUUCUACUUCUGGUUCACAAAUGCAAAUGCAGGGGAAGACGAGGGUGAUGCACAAAGGAGAAAUCUCUUCUGAAACAUCAUCCACAUCCACGCAUUCCUCUGCUAGAUCACUGUCAUAUUCAUGCAAGCCUCAGUCCACAAGCACAGAGCCCUCCCCUGCCUCUUUCCGAGGAAUGCAGUUGAAGCGAUGGUCCGGGUGCUAUGAAUGCCAUAUGAUAGUAGAUCCCAUUGAGGCCUUCUCCAGGGAUUCUUUCAGAACCAUUGCCGCUUGUCCUUCCUGUGGAGAGAUUUUCACCAAGACAGAGGCUCUCGAGUACCACCAGAUCACCAAACAUGCAGUAUCAGAACUGGGUGAAGAGGACUCGGCCCGGAACGUUGUGGAGAUCAUAUUCCAAUCAAGUUGGUUGAAGAAGGAGAAUCCCAUCUGCAAAAUCGAAAGGAUUCUUAAGGUGCACAACACCCAGAAGAUUAUAAACAAGUUCGAAGAGUACAGGGACAUGGUGAAGGCAAAAGCAAAUAAGCAUUCAAAGAAGCACGCCCGCUGCAUUGCAGAUGGCAACGAGCUCCUCCGCUUCCACUGCACUACAUUUGCUUGUUCUCUUGGGAUGAAUGGCUCUUCUAGUCUCUGUACUCUGCCUUCCUGCAAUAUCUGCAGUGUAAUCAAGAAUGGCUUCUCUGCUUCCCCGAAGCUGGAGAUUUACACAACAGCAAGCAGUGGGAGGGCUCAUGACUCCUGUGAACAAGAGAAAAAGGGCGGAAGAAGGGCAAUGGUGGUGUGCAGGGUGAUUGCAGGGCGCGUGCAAAGGAAGGAAAAGGACAAUGACUCUGCCUCUGCCUCUGUCAUUGCAGAUGAUGAUUUCGUUUCCGGGGGAUUCGAUUCUGUCGCAGGUCACGCCGGAAUAUACUCCAACCUUGACGAGCUUUUUGUCUACAACCCGAAGGCCGUUCUUCCCUGCUUUGUUGUUAUCUACAAAACUUUACAGGGAUGAAAUUUAUAUGCUGUUACAGUGGGAUCUGUUCUGUUCUCCUACCCAAUUUCAGAAUGGUCAGACAUUAAUUGUUGAAGGUCCGUCCUCUUGCCAGUCCUCACAUGAAAUGGAACGGCCUGGUCUCCACAAAUUUGGGAACGCUGUCGUGGCUGCAAAUUGUAAUCAAUUUCAAUAAAAUUUCUGAACAGAGCGACCUAAACAACUGAACAACAUUUUGCUUUUGUACAGUUCCAACUCAACCCAUAAUGUAGCUUUGCUUUAAGAGUGAUGCGUUUCAACGAAAUUAUAUGAAACAUUUAACCUCUACUUACGUUGCACUAAUAUUUUAGUGAGCAGAAAAUGUUUGUUUCGCUUUAUAGAGACAAAGAAUUGUGCGUCUUUAUGAAAUAUCAUAUAUUUUUAUUGAAUUUCAGUUUUA